CUGCCCGUUCAAGAUGGCGAAAAUGGAUGUGACGAAUGGCUUUGAAAAACAAAUUUAAGAAAACAUACCAAGGGCAACCAACUUCAUUUUACUAAGGUUCACCGUGUGCAGUACUAAAUUGACGUUUUUGACAAUUCUUUCAAACAAUCUUUGAAGAAAAAGAAAGAAAGGCAAAGGUAGUUCACCAAGGGAAAUCAUGACUUUUAGAAACACUCAUCUGGCAUCUGACGAAUUUCCUUUAUUUGACAAAGGUCGUAAUAGAGAUACCUGGUCUCAUCGCUUUGAGUUCCUUUUGUCAUGUUUAAGCUAUGCCGUUGGACUGGGUAAUGUUUGGCGUUUCCCAUACGUGUGCUACAAAAAUGGAGGAGGCGCGUUUCUCCUACCCUUCCUCGUCAUGCUGUGUAUCACUGGACUUCCGCUUGUGUUUCUCGAACUGGCGUUCGGUCAGUUUGCCAGUGAAGGGGUCGUCUCCAUAUGGAAGAUCUCACCAGUGUUUAAAGGAGUGGGCUGGUCCAUGUUCAUCAUGUCAGGACUGAUUGCCAUGUACUACAACAUGAUCAUUGCCUGGUCACUGCACUACCUGUUUGGGUCGUUCGCCACGGUCUUGCCGUGGAGUUACUGCGGAUCGUGGGGUUCCGCUUUUUGUGUGGAAGACCGACAUGUCGUUUACAACUGCAGCCACCAUAAUGGCACCUGGGUUAACGACAUGUGCAAGACAGCACUGUCCGUCGGAGAAGAGGUUUAUAACUGCAUCCGUCACAACGGCACCUGGUUUAACAGCACAUGCAUGACAGUGCUGUCGGUUGGAGAGGAGGUUUACAACUGCAGCCGCCACAAUGGCACCUGGUUUAACAACACAUGCAAGACCGCGCUGUCGGUUGGAGAGGAGGAGUAUGCUGGGAUAAGAAAGCUGUUUGAGCAUGAAGGACCAUAUAGAUCGGCAAGCGAUGAAUAUUUUCAUGACAAAGUGCUGGAAAUGUCUGAUGGGCUGCACGAAAUCGGGGGAAUCAAGAUGGAGCUGGCGUUCUACCUUCUGCUUGCCUGGAUCAUCGUGUGUAUCUGUCUGGCCAGAGGAAUCAGGACUUCAGGCAAGGCUGCAUAUUUCACAGCUUUCUUUCCGUAUGUGGUUAUGUCGAUUCUGCUGAUCCGAGGUCUCAUGCUGGAGGGGUCUGGAGAGGGCUUGAAAUACUUCGUCACGCCGCAGUGGGACAAGCUGGGCAGCAUACAGGUUUGGGGUGAUGCUGCUGUGCAGGUUUUCUUUUCUCUAUCACCUUGCUGGGGCGGACUCAUCACACUGGCCAGCUUCAACAAGUUCCACAACAACUGCUUGAAUGAUGCUAUCAUCGUGUCCCUUCUUGACUGCCUGACCAGCAUUUUCGCGGGACUUGUUAUAUUCACAAUCAUCGGUUACAUGGCACACGAGCUUGAACAGCCCAUUGCAGAUGUGGUCAAAGACGGUGCUGGGUUAGCAUUCGUUGUGUAUCCUGAAGCAGUUAGAAAACUGCCUUUGUCUCAAUUUUGGUCGGUUAUAUUUUUUGCAAUGCUUUUCUCUCUUGGUCUUGGAACACAGAUAGCCACGGUGACGACAGUUCAUACGACUUUACUGGAUCGGUUUCCUGCGACAUUUCACAACAAUCCUCGCAAGUCGGCCUACCUCCUGCUGGCUAUAGUCACCGUGUGUUUCUGCAUGGGUCUCACCUUCUGUACACGGGGAGGAAUGUAUUUACUCCAGCUGUUUGACAACUACGCAGCCUCGUAUUCUCUGCUGUUUAUUGGUAUCGUGGAGUUGCUGGCAAUAUCCUGGGUUUACGGUGCCAAACGAUUUCUUGAUGACAUUCAGUCGAUGCUUGGUAAACGCCCCAGUAAAAUAUGGAUCAUCCUCUGGCAGUAUAUUUCCCCUGCUACUCUGAUGGUGAUUCUUGUGUUGACGUGGGGCAAUUUCCAGCCUUCGUCGUACGGCGAUGUGAUGUUCCCCGUGUGGGCGGACGUGCUGGGCUGGCUCAUCUCACUCUUGUCAAUGUUACCCGUGCCCAUCAUAGCCCUGUAUGUGGUGUACAAGCAGUACAGGAGGUCAAACAGCACACUUAAACUGGUGAUUGACAAGAUGAGCAAGCCGUCGGAAGACUGGGGGCCACGUCUUUGUAGGAACCGACUAGAGAGGGACAAGCUGAAUGUGGCGAUGUGGAAUAACACGGACACCCGCGCGCCCAUCGCAGUCAUAUCCUUCACCAACAAACUAGAACAUCCACACCAGCACACGAGAACUCGAGACGCUGAUGUCGUCUCACCAACUGUGCCGGAUGUGCAGUUAGUGAAUGUGUGAUAUGAUUCCAUCUACUUCACAAAUACACAGUUAGUGAACAUGUGAUACAGAGAUGCCAACCAUUACGAAUUUAAAGCAUAGAUUAUGCUAUUGUGAUUGUCUUGUUGGAAAUUCCGAUUUUUAGAGAAAAAAAAUCAUAAUUUCGCAUAUCUGGUGUCGGAUCGUAUUUUGGAAGGCAAAAAUUUUGUUAACACCGGAGAAAUGGAACUUUUUCCCUCUUCACCAUAACAAUCAUAGUUUAGUUUCCUGCCUUGUUCUUUAAACUUAUGGAUUCCGAAUAGCGAACAUAGCAAUAUAGAAUAAACCGGUCCAGCAAUCGGUCUUCCAAACAGCCCCAAUGUUUGCCGAUUGGGUACGGCCAUGAACUGGACUUUACCAAAAUGUCGAAAAACACUCCUGAGACAUCACUGAUAACAUUCCUAUUUUGGUGGGUGGGGUUCCUAUUUAUGAAGGCCUGGAUUCCUAUGACCCUUCAAAUAGGGUUGGCAUCUCUGUGUGAUAUAAUUCAUCUACUUCAGAAGUAACUCAUUUUCGGGCAACCAUUGCUGUGAUAUGUUUCGUAAACAAACUUGAAAACGUCACAUACAAAUAUACUGAACUGCACUGAAAACACACCAGUGGUAGAAAGUAUAUGAGAAGAAUUUCAGUUUUUUAACUGAUUACGUACGACUGGAUGUAUUCUAGUAGGCAAUAAAUCACUCAUAAAUUGUA